AUGUCGAACAAGCAUGUUUUCAACUCACCGCAAGGCCUUGUCCUCAAAUCUCUCCGCGGCGCAGCCGCACUCAACCCCACCCUCCGUCUCCACGCUCCGUCAAAGUCUGUCUAUGUAGCGCAUCCCUCACCACAAGCUCGUGUUGCUGUGAUCGCAGGUGGAGGCGCGGGGCAUGAGCCCGCGCACGCAUCCUACACUGGGCGGGGCAUGCUCGCGGCCUCCGUCUCGGGCGACAUCUUCGCAAGCCCCAGCGCGCGACAGAUCCUCGCCGCCAUCGAGCUCGCGCUCCUUGCCGCGAAGUCCUCCUCCUCUGGUGCAUCCGAUGCGGAUCUGGGCCCGAGACCGCACACGACAGACGUGCUGCUGAUCAUCAAUAACUACACUGGCGAUCGCAUCAACUUUGGGCUGGCAAUAGCGCGAGCGCGAGCUCUGUACCCCGAUGUGCGAGUUGAGUCAAUUGUAGUCGCGGACGAUGUAUCGUUGCUCCGAGAAGAGGGCGGGCCAUCACUUGUCGGCCCUCGUGGACUUGCGGGCAACAUCCUGGUAUGUAAGGUGCUUGGGGCCUAUGCAGAGACGGGAGCGGGUUUGGACGAUGUGAAGAGAUUAGGGGAGGCUAUCGUCGCCGGGGCCCUAGCGAGUAUCGGGGUCGGCUUGGAGCAUUGUCACGUUCCUGGACGAAGCAUCGAAAAGGUGGCAGAAGACACAGGAGAUGGUAAUGAGGGGGAGGAGUGCGAGGUAGGUAUGGGACUCCAUAACGAACCGGGGGUGAGGUGCGGGAGAUUUGCAUCACCUGAAGGGUUGAUCACGGAAAUGCUGGAGAUGGUGUUGAUCUCCACAGAUGGUGCGGUAGGGACUGAUCAUGAGGCAUUCGUGGAGAUCGGGAAGACAUACCUUGAAACUGACGAGACUGUCCUCUUUGUGAACAAUCUCGGCGGCAUGUCGCAGCUUGAGAUGGGUGCACUACUCGAUGACACACUGGCACAACUCGAGGCGAAUAAUAUAAACCCUCGGAGGAUCUAUUCCUCAGCAUAUAUGACCUCUUUGAAUGCCCCUGGAUUUUCUAUAUCGCUGCUCAAUCUUUCUCGCAUCCAGCGAACCCUCAUUCAACUCGGCGGAGAACGUAUUGACAUCCUGGCUCUCCUCGACACGCCAACAGAUGCCCACGCCUGGGUUGGUGUACGAGCGUGGCCUACAGAUAGGCUAUCUACACGCGAGGAGAUCGAGGCCGAAUCAGAAAAAUUAUUGCACACUUCAGCCCAUCAUGUGGAGGACCAAGGCGUACCGAGAAAUGAACGCGAUGAGGGCAACUAUUGGCGCGAUGCAGACAUAUCUGUCAGUAUGGUGGAGGCUGGAAUCCGUGCCGCAUGUGCCAGUGCAUUGGACGCCGAGAAGGAGCUGACGGUGUUUGACACGAUCGUUGGAGACGGCGACUGUGGGGAAACGUUUGCAGCUGGUGCCCGAGCGGUCCUGAAAGCAUUGGAUGAUGGCGAACUCGAGAUCAAGACACUAAAUCCAUCGCAGCUCAUCGGGAAGCUCAGCGAGAUCCUGGAGGAUAGUAUGGGCGGGACGAUUGGGGCGCUUCUGGCAAUCUUCUUCACGUCCCUCUCGACCGCAGUCCCGACUCGCUCAACUGGUGCUUGGUACACCGCACCAUCUGUUGCUCUCGAGGCCCUCUCGGAACACACCCCAGCACGACCAGGAGAUCGGACGAUUGUUGAUGCACUUGCACCAUUCUGCAGCGCCUUGGCCGGCGGCGAUUCGUUAAUGUUCUAUAGAGGCAUGAGCGAAGCCGUGAGGAGGGCACGCGAAGGUGCAGAAAGCACACGAGGCAUGAAAGCUAGGUUAGGGAGAGCAGUAUAUGUCGGGGAGGGAGAUGUACGAGGGCUGCCGCCUGAUCCGGGGGCAUGGGGUGUUGCAGCUGUCCUUGAGGGAUUGUGGCAGGGAAUGUGCGGGGCAUAA